AUGGUGGGCGGCAGGUCCACAACGGACGAUGCAUCUGCGAUGGGCGAUACAUCGGUGGCAGGCAGCGCAUCAGUAGCGGACAACGGCGGUGGUCCCAUGGUGGCGUGGAGCACCAGGAGCGGCACCUCAGGAUCCGGAGGCGUGGAGCACCAAGAGCGGUGGCGGCAGGCUGCUGGUAGUCUUAUUGUCCAGACGACGUCCUCUACCAUACCAUUGUGCCACCAGGUGCCGACGAGUGGGAUCAGAUAUGCACCGUCAAGCAACCACGAUAGCCAGAUAAGGACCGGGCCGGGCGACGAGUUGGCCGAGCUGCUGUGGGACCACGGCCCGGCGCCCGCACCGCCGCCGUUCCAGCCCUUCACCUGCAGCGCCGCCGGCAGCAGCAGGUCCCAGGAGCUCAAGCGCCACGCCGCGGACGCCACCAAGGCGGCAGCGUUCGUGACCCCCGUCGUCCCCGUCCCGCUGGGCAUGCACGGCGCCGGAGCCGGGCUCGGCCUCGGCGGCCUCCCCGUCCACGACGACGAAGACGACGCCGUGCCGUGGCUGCAUUGCCCCGUCGUCGACGACGGCGACGGCGACACGGCGCCGCUGCCCCCGGAGUACUUCGCCAGCCUGCUGUCCGAGUACUCGGAGGCGGCCACGGCGCCAGCGGCGGCCUCUCAUGCCGCGGCCGUCGUCCCGGCCGCGCCGCCUCCGCCAGAGGCCGGCGCGGCCAACAAGCUGGCCCCGCCGAGCGCCGCCGGCGGAGGAGGUGAGGGCGUCGUGAACUUCACCUUCUUCUCGCGGCCCCUCCAGCGGCCGCAGGCGGCGGCAUCGGCCGCCGCAACCGCGAGCCACCCCGUCGAGUCCACGGUCGUCCAGGCGGCAACGAACCGGCUGCGGAGCACGCCGCUGUUCUCCGAGCAGAGGAUGGCGUGGCUGCAACCGCCCAAAGCGCCGCGCGCCACGGCGGCAGCGGCAGCGGCGACGCCACCUCCACCCCCUCCUACUCCUCAGCUGGCGCCUCUGCUCCCAGAUAGCCGCCAUGGGGAGACAGUAGCUCAACCCCGGUCGCAACCAGAGGCAAGGCCCACCGACGCGGCGGCGGUGACGACCUCUUCGGUCUGCUCCGGCAACGGUGACCGGAGCCAGCUCAAGAGGAGCAGCCACCUGGCCGCGGACUGCUCGGUCAGUCCGGACGAGGACCUGGACGACGAGCCCGAAGCGACGAGGAGGUCGGCGGCGCGGAGCGCCAAGCGCAGCCGCACCGCCGAGGGGCACAACCUGUCGGAGAGGAGGAGACGGGACCGGAUCAACGAGAAGAUGCGCGCCCUGCAGGAGCUCAUCCCCAACUGCAACAAGAUCGACAAGGCGUCGAUGCUGGAGGAAGCGAUCGAGUACCUCAAGACGCUGCAGCUACAGGUGCAGAUGAUGUCGAUGGGGACCGGGCUGUUCAUGCCGCCGGCGAUGCUGCUGCCGGCGAUGCACCAGCACCUGCAGGCGCUGCACCACCACCCCAUGGCGCACGCGCACGCGCACUUCCCGCACCUCGGCAUGGGGCUAGGCUUCAGCAUGGGCGCCGCCGCUGCGGGGUUCGACAUGCUCCCGCGCGUCGCGGCCGGCGCGCACUUCCCGUGCACGCCGAUGGCAAUGCCGCCGUCGGGGGCCAUGUUCGGCGUGCCGGGGCAGGGGAUGCCCUCGCUGACGGCGGCGUUCGCUCACAUGGCCGGCACCGCGCCGGCUGGACAGAUGCAAGCUGGUGCCGGUGCUGCGGCGGCUGCUCCUGCCCGGCCAGGAGAAGCAGAGCACCCGCCGGGCCGCGGCGUGGCAGAGGGCGAUCAGGAGGCCCAACAGCACCAGAAGCAGACGUGA